AUGAAUAAGCUGGACGUGAAAAUGGACAAGUUUAGCUUUGCCAGUGUUAUCAGUGCUUGUGCUAGUAAAUCUUCCCUUGAACUUGGUGAGCAAGUAUUUGCUAAAGCUAUUACUUUGGGGCUUGAAUCAAACCAAAUCAUUUCUACCUCACUUGUUGACUUUUAUUGUAAAUGUGGUCUUGUUGAGAUGGGACGAAAAGUUUUUGAUGGAAUGGUAAAAACUGAUGAAGUUUCUUGGAAUACAAUGCUGAUGGGAUAUGCGACAAAUGGAUAUGGAAUAGAAGCACUAACCCUUUUUAAUGAAAUGAGGUAUUGUGAUGUGAGGCCUUCUGCUAUUACUUUUACCGGUGUUCUUUCAGCCUGUGAUCAUUGCGGUCUGGUAGAAGAAGGAAGAAAUCUGUUCCAUACUAUGAAGCACGUGUAUAAUAUAAAUCCAGGGAUUGAACAUUACUCUUGCAUGGUUGACCUUUUUGCCCGAGCUGGUUGUUUUGGGGAAGCAAUGUAUCUUAUUGAAGAGAUGUCUUUUCAGGCUGAUGCAAACAUGUGGUUAUCAGUAUUAAGAGGCUGCAUAUCCUAUGGAAACAAGACUAUUGGAAAGAUGGCAGCAGAGCAAAUUAUUCAGCUUGAUCCUGAAAAUCCAGGUGCUUAUAUACAACUAUCUAACAUACUUGCAACUUCUGAGGACUGGGAAGGAUCAGCAAAAGUAAGAGAGUUGAUGAGAGAUAAAAACGUUCUGAAGAUUCCUGGUUGCAGUUGGGCAGAUUGUUGA